AUGAAAUUGCUUCUGUAUUCAAGUCCAUACGGGUUUAUGAGCACAAUUAUAAUUUUAUGCAACUUGUUUGGCUUUACUAGGAGUGAUGUGAAGAAUGGAAGGUCAUGUGUCUUGGUGAAUCCUUUGAAGGGAGAAGUUCUAAUGCUUCCGACAAAGAGUGACCUCCAAGUUCCACCCAAUAGUUUCUGUAACAAUGACACUUAUGGCAUGGGAUUUGAUCAUAUGACCAAAACCUACAAGAUUGUUAGCGUCUUCCACUAUCCAAAGGAGGACUACUAG